AUGGGUCUACAUAAGAGCCAAUGGGCGCACCCGUCAUGCUAUGCUUGGGACUUGAGAAAUCCACAUAUCUCCCAAAAGCGACAAUGUAUAUGUCAAGACUCGGAUACUGGUGUGCGCUUGCACUCCUGGGUCUGCGUGCUAGCGCCGCAUGCACUAGUUAUGGCGUCGAUUUUUCUAAUGGUCGGUAGCUAUGACAUUGACAGUGAAUCCAACGAGUACUUCAGUUUCAUCUCCGUCUUUCAGGGAUGCUCCCAGGAAACCAUCAGCCCGGUCUUAGUUAGCCCGGACGACAAUGUGUAUGCCUGCUCUGACAUCAAAACUCAGCCUGCCGGCACCCAAGUAAAAUCAACUUGCGGCAUCCCCUAUUCUGCCAUGUCAUCGGGACGCUGGAGAAUCAUCCUCGCCGGCGACCAGAUAUCCAGUCAGCGUACCAUAACCCUUACUGUCGGCGUGCCGCAGACUACGCGGGUCACGCGGGGCAACACGAACAGUCACAGGUCUCCAACAAGGCCCAACAGCUGUAGUUACGUCGACAGCAAUCAGAACAGUGACAGACGACCAAACAAACUAGAUGUGGCCGACCCAGCCGCCGUAGCUGUAGUCACGGUGACGUACACGCAGACCACCUACACAGUUACCAGAACGGUCGUGACCACGGUUCCGGGUAGGACAACAACCGAGCUUGUCCUGAGAACAACCACUGCCACCAUCACUCCGGCUCCUUCGACCGUGUGCACUGGGGGAAAUCCCGAUGUGACAAUCACUAUCAACAGAGGAAACCCUACGCCAGUGACACGGACAGAUGUCGUAUACCUCACAAGCCACCUCUCUGGCACCGUGUGGGUCGGCAAGCGCUACCGCCUGCUGGAGGUCUGGCGGAUGGUUUGGCUAAGCCCGGACCCAGGCAUCAGCGCCUGGAGGUUAGGUACUCUGAAGGACAACCCAGAGUUCGGCCAUAGCACUACUGAGAUUGACAAAGAAGUGACUGCUUGUUUGCGGUUGCAACAUUAA